GUUCAUAGCAAAAAAUUUUUGGAAUAUUGAUAAGAAAAUAAUUUAAAAAACAAACAAGACAAAAUGUUAAAGUGGACUGCAUCAGCACAAAAAUUACCUCAGGAUACACCAGUAUCAUCACACACUAACAGAUCAACGGCAACACUAACAACAAACAAUAUGCGUACACCACGUUUAACUGAAGCCAAAAGGCGUAAACGACGUGCUACCAUAGCGAAUAAAGAAAAUAUACCGAUUUUAACUUCUACACCUAUGGUGUCUAGAACACGUAAUAGUCCUUUGGUUUUGGCUCCUUUGGCGGAUAUUUUAAAUGUAACACCAGAAGCAGUGGCUAAUAGAACGCCUGAAAGACGUCGUGUCUCCGUCAAUGUUUUCAAUGACACCAAUGCUUCUACCAUAAGAAGACAUUCUUCGGUGGGUUUUACUAUACCCCAGAUACCACAAUAUGCUGCCACUUUGCCUAAAUAUGAAGAGGAAUAUUCACCCAGCACUAUUUUACCCACUGGACAACAAUUGGCUUUAAGAGGUUUAUUGCCUGAUCCUUUCAUGGGCAAUCCUAGAUAUUUCACCACACCUGAGCUUAACUCUAAGCAAGAAUCGGAAAUUAAAAAGAUCUCUUCUUUACCCAAAAAACGUAAAUUGGAACAGGAAUUUGUGGCCAUAGCCAAAGAAGAGGAAGGUGAUAUAAUGGAACAUUCAGCUGUUAAAGCUCACAAUAAAAAGGAUUUAAACAAUACUGGCUUAAUGUCCAAUAAAAUGGGUGAUCAAACUUUAGAUCAUUUAAUUGAUGCCAUAUUGGAUUCGGCCCGUAAGGAAGAAAAGAAAAAGAAGCCACGCAAAUCGUUUAACUUAAGAAGAAGAACUCUAUUGAAAAAUCAAGUUGAACAACAUCAAGACAUAAUGCUGUCGCCCUCUUAUGCGGCUGGUGAUGAUCCCUGCAGUGAUUUAAGUUUUCUCAAUUGUGAACCUUUAUCCUAUAAGAAACCUUUUAGAGCUGUUACACCCCAACCUGCCUCACCCAUACCUAAAACACCACAACCAGCUACUCCUUUAGCCACAACACCGCUACUUAAUCAACAACAACUUUUAGCAAUGCCCACUCCUGCCGCUGCUAAACGUAACGAUUCAUUUUCUUUGGAUACACCAGUACGUUCAAAUCUUAAAAGAAGAUCUGAAUCCAAUGCUCGUGAAAAUGCCAGUGCUAAGAAAUAUAAAGUUGAUUCUCGUAAUUAUUUUGAAAUUGGUGUGGCCCUGCCCUCUAUAUACGUCUAAAUAGCUCAACACAUCUGCUCAACUUACACUCACGAUCACAAAAACAAACCGAAUUUAUUUUGAAAACCCAAAUUGUUAAACUAUUUCUCUCGUUCUCAAUUGUUGACAAACUAGGGGAAAAUGCUUCUCUA